CAUAACUAUAAUUUUUAUGUAGUCGUGUUCAAUAUGGCGAACAUGUUGAGUUUGAUGGUUAAUGCAGAUGUUGGUCCUGUAUGAAAUUGUAAACAACUACUUAUAUAAAUAGAAUGAAAAGUUUAUAACAUAUCAGCAAAAAGAAAAUGUACAAUGAACUACGGUGGAAAUAUUUCAGAUUGGCAUCAAUAUAGCUCAGUGCAGACAAAUAUAAAUGAAGUAACAUCUACUGAUCAUAAUGUGAAUGCAAAUCGUUUAGCAUUUAUGUCUAGUGGUAAUCCAUCUUCAUUAAAUGCUCUUAAUACCGAAGGGUAUAAAAAAUACCAAAAUGAACCUAGCUUUAGUUCAAGACAUUUUCCACCUAUGAAUAAUAUUUCAAAUGGCUCAAAUAAUAGUGAUAACUUUGCAAUACCAUCAAUGGUACAAAUGCAAAGUUAUAUUGGACAAUAUGGUCCUAUGGUUAAUAGAAACUCUGUUAUGGAUAAUGUAAAAGCCCCAGUUGAUAUGAGAAAUGGAUCAAUGAAUACAUUUAAUGAUGACUAUAGAUACAGAAAUAGUCAUAUGGCGCUUCCUGGACAAAAUUCUCAUUUAAAUGGAUCAAAUAUAAAUAUAAAUACACCUGCCACUUCUAUGGGAUCACGAAGUAAUAGUAUGUGUGCAACAUCUUCUGUAAGACAAGGACCUUCAUCUUUCAUUCCUUGUAAAGCGUUGUGUUGCAAUCCAAAUACAAAUAUAGGUUAUCAGCAAUGGGAUAAAUUUGGAACUUAUCAAUCUAAUACAUCAUAUAGGGAAAAUAUGCGUUUACCUGGAUACCAGGCAGAAAAUAGACAAUACGGUGAUCAUAAUUUUCGAAAAGACAAUUUUGAUAAUAAGGAAAUGUUAAACUCUAUUAUUCCUAAUACAGAUCAUAGAAGAAACUUCCCAGAAUAUAAAUAUCCUAAUAAAGAUCCUACAAUGUCUAGAGGUUGUCCAGCUCCAUCAGGGAUGGUACAAAAUUAUCCAAUUCAAAAUUAUAAUUAUCCAACAGAGUGCCAGAAAUAUGCUUAUCCUAUGAAAGAGUAUCCAAAAGCAAAUAAUAUGAGUUUACAAGAUGCAACUGUUUUUAAACAUCCAGAACAAAAUUAUAUUGCACAACAAAAAUACAAUACUAAGCAAGGUCAAUAUACAACAGGUAAUGUGUUAACCAAGACUGUGCCCACUUCAAAUGUCAGUGUUGAUAUUACAUCUUCCACACAGAAUUCUUAUUAUACUGCACAAUUUAUAAGAAAUGUAUCAACAGAAUUUCCACAUACUUGUCAAAAAACUUUUGAUAAUCCACAACAAGUUGCUACAAUGCAACCUACACCUAUGCAUAACACUUCAUCACGAUACCAUUCUUAUCAGCAAAAAAUUGCAAUGCAAAGAUCCUCUAUGGAAAAUCAUCUCAGAGAACUUACAAGGAUACCUGGAUAUCAAUCACAUCCAAAAUAUAAAGAAUCUGUUCUUAGAUACAGGGAAAUAUUAAAAUUGCAACAAUCACAUGGAUAUCCAAUGGCAGUUCAACAUCCUUUAAGAAUUCCAUCAACAUCCGUUAAUGCUAUUCCAUCUAUAAAUUUGCAAUUUGAUCAAAAUGGAGUUUUAAUAAAUUCUGAUGGUUUUCCAAAAACUCAACAUACAUUGAAUUCAGAUUCAAAACAUUUAGAAAAACAGGGAAAAGAACAAGAUUUAUGUGCAUCUGAUUUAUCUAAUGAAGAUAACCUACACUCUGAACAAUCAGUUAAUCAUUCUCAAAAAGAGCAUUCAUCAUCCCUGUAUCCAAAUGGUUUUCCAAAUCAAGACCAGCUUUUAAUACAUAAAUGUAGUGAACAAACUGAAUUUAAAAUACAAAAAAGUACAGAGAAUGCUGAUACUAUGACUGAACAACACAAAACAUCAAAAGACUUUGCUGAUAAGCCAGAUCUUGAUGUUCGACAAUUUUUAGCAAAUUGGGAUGCAUCAGAAGAUGAAGAUGAUUCUAAUUCAAAUUUGCCAGAUGUUGUCUUAAGCAAUUCAACACCAUUGGUAGUUGUAGAAUAUGAAAAUGUUGAUAGCACUUCAAAAAUACCUCAUGAUGUAAAUGUGAAUAAAGAAAAUAUGACUUGUUUAAAAAAACAUGAUAAAAUAACAGAAGAGUAUUCACAAUCUUUAGAUUCUUCUCCUCAUAAUACUGAGGUGUUAACAAAUUUAAGUGAAUGUACAAAUAAAGAUAUUACAAAAUCUGGAAACAUUAUACAUUGUAUAACCAAUGGUACUGAUGACAUUCCAACAAUACAUAUAGUUGAUAAUGUACAAAUAAAUAAUAUUUUGGAGGUAUCUAAUGACCAAAUUAUAGAAACUUUAGAACAUCAAGGUCCAAUACCAUUUUAUGAAGAAAAUGUAAAUCUAGAAGAAGAAAUAAGUACAUGCGAUGAAAAGAAGAAUGAUGCAAAUAUAGAAAUUUUGAACAAAGAUACGUAUACCAGCAAUGAUACUUUGUCUGAAAAAGAUAGGAAGUCUUCAAUCCAGAAUAAUAAUCAAGAAUUAAAUGUUUUGGAAACAGUAUCAAAAACUAAUUUGGAUAAACAAACUACAAACUUGCAAAAACAAAAUAGUUUCACAAGUGAGGAAUCACAUAACACAGAUGAUAUCAGUUUACCUGAUUUGCCUACAACUGAGUGUACUCCAAUAUCCACUACUCUAAACACACCUAUUCAUUCAGACAGUGAAGAACCAUCAGGACGUGUGUCAUCUAUAUCUUCCAAUCCUAUAGAAAUUAUACAAAAUAGUCCAAUAAUCAGCUUUACUCAUUCAUCAAUUAAAAUUGGAUCCUAUGAACAUUUAGAUGAUACUGUUAUUUCUAAAGAAAACACUUUACUACAAUUUAAUUUAGAAGAAGUAAAUCAAUCUAAUAACAAUAGUAUUAAUGCAUUUGAAAAUACUAUAGAUCCUAACAAUUUUAAUAAAUCUGCUAAUGCAUCUAAAAGUGAUGUUAUUGAAUUGUGUAGAAAUAAUAAAUCACAAGCCAGUUCUAAUAAAAAUUCAACUAUAGUAAAUAUGAAAAAGCUAGAGAAUAAAGAAUUUAAUGCAAAAGUUCCUGAUGUAUGCGAAUCUUCAGCAACUGAAUAUGAAACAGAAAAUGAACCGAUGGAUCUGCAAAAAAAUUCUAUACAAAACUCCAAGAAUGCAAACAUCGAAAAAAUCAAUAAUGAUAGAUUUCAAAGUGCUACACAUCCAUCGAAAUCUAUAAAUUAUAAAAUAUCAAUACCGAUUGAAACUUCCAAAUCUACAUUAAAAAACAAAUUAAACGAAAAUAAACAGCAGCACGUAAUAAAUACUGUUCAAAAUAAUGAUAAACAUCCUGAAGUUAAUAUUGAAACAAAGAAACAGUCUAAGUGUCUGUUUGUAAAUAAAUUACAGCAGGGCACUUCUAAUGAUAAGAAUACAAUUUCAGGGGAAAAUGUGGAAGAAGGACAUACAAUAGUACGAUAUGUGGAAAAGAAUACUUCAUCAAAUGUUAAAAAUGUUUUGUCUGUUCCAAAUGUAAACAUAUACACAUCCAGUGCAGACAAAUUGCAACAUAUAAAUACUGUAUCAAUACCAAAAAGGUGUUUAGAUAUGUUAACAAAUAAUAAGGUACAUUCUAAAAGUCCUCAAAAUCUUUGUAUAAAUAAAGAAAAGGAUAGAGAAAGUUUUUCCAAAGAUGUUCAAAAUAAGUUUAAGAAUCAAGAACUUACAAAGAACUCUGAUAUAGACUCAUCUAUGAACAAUUCUGGUUCAUCUAACCUAGAAAUUUUAUCAGAUCAUGUAACACUUCAUAAAACAUGCUCAGUCUCUGAUACUAAAAACAAUAGUGAUAUGGAAAGUAACAUAAUUAAUAGAAAAGAAGAUAAUAAUGAACUUAUUUUUGUAAAACAAGGGAACUCUGUAUCUAUUUCUAAAAAAGUACAUGAUCAGUCACAGAAGAGUGAUGAACCAUGUAAAAUAAACACAAAUGUUUCUCAGGGAAAUCAUAACCGAAAUAAAAUUUUAGAAAAAAAUAAAUCUGAACUAUCUCAAGAGGAUUUUAAUAUUGAUAAAGUUAAUAUGAUCAAUAAUACACAAAAACAAGAUUUUAAAGAAUACAUGUCAGCAAGUGAUGAUUUGUUGCAUCUUGAUAAAUGCAUUGAUAAUAAUAGCCAUAUAGGAAAUAAUUAUUUUAAUAAAAGAUCAACAUCACAAUUAACAGGUACUCAAUUUCAACAGCAUUAUUCUGCAGUAGAAGAUACACAAGCAUUAGAAAAAAAUACAAAUGUAAAGAAUAAAGUAAAUUCAGCUCAUACACCAUCUUCUGUGACCACUAUUUGUUCUAUUACUUCAGAAAAAUCAGAACAGGAACAGCUAUAUACUGUUUCCAAGAGUUUUGCAACAAAAAAUGUAAAUUCUGAUUUUGAAAUUCAAGUUACAAAUGUUAAUUUAAAAUUUACAGAUAAUGAUAUAUGCAAAGAAUUAGUCACUUUGAGGGAUAAGAAACAAGAAAAUUUGAAUAAUUGCUCUGAUGGAAUCAAAAUUGAAAUAAAUGUAUUGUGUGCAGAACGUAAUGCCAAAGAAAAGUUAUUGCAACAGGAAUCUGUAAAUGUGGGCAAUGAAAUUAUGGAUCAAUCAAACAAUUCUGUAUAUAGUAGCAAGAGUACUUGCUUAGGAAAUUUAAAAGAAUACAACACAUUACCUCAUGAAAAAUUGGAUACAGAAAAAAGAAGUAACAAAAUUGAUGAAAUUAUCGAUCAUGAUCAAAGUCAAAGUACAGAUAUUAUUUGUCACGAAAAUGUGGAGAAUACAAUGGAGGAACAGGAGGAGCCUCUUAGUUUAAUAGUUCGAAAUAAGACAUUGCCAACAAAUAAAGAAGAAACACUAUAUCAAGAAUUUUCAAAAGGAAAUGAAACAUUAUCAAAGGAUAUAUUGAAUAGAUCUAGGAAUUGUACAGGAGAUAAUAAUUAUACAGAAGUUACUCAAGAAACUAAAUUCACUAAUACUUCCAAUGGAAGGAAGAAGCAACAUGCAUCAUUGAGUUUUGUCGAUAAAUCAGAUGAUUUAAAGGAUGAAAGUAUAUGCUAUGUUAAAACUAAUGAUCUAUUCAAUAAUAUUAAUCAGGAAAAUGAACCUUCUAAUAUAAUUUACAGUACUACAUCUGCUAAUGUAAAUUACAUGCAAAAUAGUGCAAAUAUUGAACGGAUAUCAAAAUUGAAUAAUGCACAGAAAAAUAAAAUGAAAGAGCCAUCUUCUGUUUCACAGAAAUAUAAAGAUAGAAAAGAUGAAGAAAAUGACAGUUCAUCUGAAAAAAAUGAUGAUAUGCCAAAUAUUGUAACUAUACAUGUUAAAACGGAUAACAUGAACAACGAAAAAUUUGCAGAACUUGAUUUUACAAAUUUUGAUCUAUUUUCUAAUGAAAGUAACAAAAGUAAUGAUAAUGAGCCAGGAAAAUGGAGACGUCCUACAACUCCUAUAGUAAAUCAGACAUUAGAAGAGUGUGAUUUAUAUGGAAGUACUAGUGGUUAUGUAAAUCCUAUUUUUACUAAUAUAGAAGAAUCAAAUAACAGAAACGAAGUUCCUAUAUAUAGAACUAAAGAUGGAAAAAUAACUUAUAGUCCUAAUCCCAAAGCUUUAUUUCUUGAAAAUAAAGAAAAAGCUCAUUGUACUAAAGAAGAAUAUUCACCACAUAAAUAUAACCAUCAUUUAAAAAUUUAUAAAAAGGAGAAAGAUAUAAGUAAUUAUAAGGAAAGAAUACCAUUGGAAUCUAAUAAUACGAAAAUCGCUUGGAGUGAGUCAACUCAAAAAGGUUUUUCUGAAUUUUCUAAUGAGAAUGAUAGUCAAAAAAAUGUUCACUCUAUGAAGCAUCAAAGAUCACAGAAUUUAAAACAUUAUCGUCAUAAAAUAGAAAAAAAAUAUAAUAGUAUAACUGAUAAUCAAGUACAUAAAGAGUACAAUAAAGGUCUUUCUGUUUCUAAAUGUGAGGAACAAAAAGAACAUGGUAUUGAGAAUAAUCGUAGUACUCAUAAAGAUAGUUUAACACAUGAGGUAGUUACAGAUGAAUCUGAAAGUCAUGAAAAGAAUUUAAAAAAUAUGUUUGAUAGUAACAUUCAUUCAAAAGAAAAAAAUAUAAGAAAAACAGAAAUUUUUACAGGAACAACCGUAGCAAAUACCAUGUAUCAUAAUACAAAAAAUAAUAACAAUAUCCAAAAAAGUAGUCAUAAUGAUACAUUUUCUUCACAUACAUCUACUAAUACCUUUGUAGAAAAAAUCAGUUCAACUGAAACCUGUGAUAUUAAAUCGAAAUACUGCGAUAUAAUUAAGGAGUCAAUUGUGCCUUAUGCAAUAUGUGAUCAGACAGUUAGUGAAUGUUCUUUAAACCAAAGUAAUAAUUUAACAAGCGAGAAAUCAAAUUCUCUUAUGAAAUUAGAAAAGAAAGAGUUUAAGCCUAAUUUAGAUCGACUCAAAUCUUCGGAAUUGUGUUUGGAAGAAAAUGGUUUUAAAGGCAGAAGAUAUUACACUAAUAGUGUAAUGAAUCAUAAUUCAUUUUCUGAAGAUUCAGACUAUUUUAAUGAAAAAAAGAUUGAUCCAAAUAUCAUUCAUAUCGGAACAGAAAAUAUUUGUGUAGACAUUACAAAAAAACCAGAAUCACAAAUUAAUUCUGAGAUAUCCAAAUAUAAGAGACAUUAUGAGCAUUUCCCUGUGAAAUGUGAAAUUGAUUCAGAUGAAAAUACUGAAAGUUUUGAAGCAGAAUUUGAAAAUACAAGAGAUAUUUUGAAAUAUGCAACAACAGAGAAUAUUUUAAUUUCUAAAAAAGAUGUUCUUCUCACAACAACAUUAGAUGAAUGCGCAGAUUCGUUGAAACAGUUAAAUAAUACUAAACAAAAAGAAAAAAUAGAAUAUCAGGAUGAAAGCAAUGGCGAAAUAGAAAAUACCAAUUUUUCAUUACAAAACGAAAUAUCUAAAAGUAAUGAGGAUGAAAAUUUGAAUCAACAAAUUACAGAAGCCAAUAUUUUUUAUACUGAUAAUAAUACUACUAUUUCUGAAAAGGGAUGGAGACGGUUACCUUCAAAUUGCUUCAAAAAUGAUGAAAUAGAAAUUAUGGAAAGUGAUAUAAUUAGUCACAAUAAUUUUGACAAUGAAGUUAAUAUAAUUCAUGGAGAGUCUAUGCAUAUGCCACAAAUAAAAAAAUCUAAAAUGUCCAAAAGUAUUGAUGAGUCUUCUUUUAAUGAAAUAAGUAACAGUGAUUGUCAGAAUAAUACUUUUAUAACAACAGAUCAUAAAUAUGAUACUUCUUUUCCAGAAGAAGAAAUUAAAUCUGAACCAAUAUACAUAGGUCAAAAUAAGGAUGAAGUAGUUUUAUUAGAGCCUAUUAUUUCUAGCAAAGAUAUUGAUGUCAUUGAAGAAAUAAACAGCAAUAAGGAUACAGAGAAGAAAAACAUUGAAGACACAAUUCCUUCAUUAAAUUCCAUAAAUAACUCAAAAACUGAAAAUAUAAUAAAUGAUGAAAAUUUUUCGUUAAACAACAUCAAUGAAAUAGAUAAUGUCAGGGGAUCAUUAUUGAAGCAAAAAGAUAUUGAUGUUCCAAGAUAUAAAAAUUACAAUGUAUCAGAUGUAAUAAAUACAUCACAAGAUUGUUUAGAAGUAUUUAACUUAAAAGAAAAAGAAUCACAAAGAAAACAAUUUAAUGACAAUUUGUAUUGUAUUGAAAAUAAAAUUAGUGCUAGUGGCUCAUAUUUAUCUUCACAAGAAUUAAAAAGUUGUAGUAUUGAGGUUUGCAAUACUCCAGAAUUGGAGAAUAUAUCGGAAUUAAAUUUAGAGAAAAACACAAAUGUAAUUAAUGAAAUUACAACAAAUGAUAUAAACAAUAAAGCAGAAAAAGAACGUUCUUUAUCCCCUCCAGAUAUAACUACUAUUGCAUAUAUUAACACAAAUUAUUCAUCUACAUCAGAUUGCAAUGUAAAUACACAAAUGAUUUCUAGAUCCAUUAUCAAAGAAAAUAAAACAAACACAAAAUCAAAACCUGAACUGUCACCUCAGCCUAAAAUACCUAAAAUGAUUAUCAGAAAUACUGGAUCCUGUUCUACAACAUCUGUUGCAGGGGACAUAUUAGAAACAUCAUCAGAAUAUCCUUCUUUUGUACAUAAUAAAGUUAAACAUUCUACUUUUAUAAUUGAAAAUGAGAAAGAUAAUAAAGGAAGAAGUGAUAGUGAUUCUGAAAUUUCUUUACAAAAAUAUGAUUUAAAUAAUAGUAGAGUACCUAAAAUGAAAAUAAAAUUUAAUGAUAAAUCAUUAAAAAGAAAUAAUGAAUACGACAAUAUGGAAAUUUCUUUUAAAAGGAAAGAUGCAAAAAAAAUUGUUCCUAAAGUAAAAAUAAAAAAGAUUAGAACUGAAGCAGCAACUAUACAGAAUGACCAAACAGAAUCUUCAUUAAUAGUAAUGGAAGUAAAAACUCCUGAUGUAUCAGAUGAGAUAUGUUCUAAUAAAUUAUCAAUAAUUAAUGAAGAAAGAAAACGAGAAAAGAUUCCUAAAUUAAAACUGAAAAAGCAUCAAGAAAUCACUUCAUCUACAGAAUCUAUUAGAAAGAGAACAAAUUUAAGAACCAUUGAUUUAACAGUUAAAAAAUAUAAAAGUGAUAAAAAUGAAAUAAAAUCUAAUAAAAAAAAUGAAGAUAUAAUUAGAUCGACAUCGAAACAAAAGGAUAAUUCGUCUGUAUCUGAACAUGAAAUUAAGAAUAAAUUACCCUGCAUUUCAGAAAAGAUUCCAAAGGUUAUAAUAAAACGUGCCUCUGCAAGUGCUGAAUUUAAAUGUGAAUUUAGUGAAGGUGGUAGUCAUACCAUCAUUAAUAGCGCAAAAUGGCAACCAGAAGUUAAAUUGCAAAGAUCUCGACUUUUAGAUAAUAUGGUAAAGGACCUAAAAUACUGCCAUAUAUCUAAAGAAUAUAUAACUCGAAAAUGUAUAGAUAUUAUUUCUUCACAUAGAACACGAAAAUUAAUAAAAAGUUACGGAUUUAGAGAUAAACGACAUAGCAAAUCGAAUAAAUUAUUUAGAUCAAGUUCUAUAUCAGAUUUGUGUCCAACAAAAUAUGAGGAAAGUAGAACAUUAGAUUAUAGUUAUAGUAAUAACAAAUUAUCUGAUACAGAAGCUACAUCUAUCCUUAAAGGAAUAGAAGAACAUAAUGAAUUUUCUAUAAAAUCAAUUAGCAAGUACAAAUUUGAAAAGAAUCCAUGGAAUAUAGAAGAAAAAUAUAUAGAGGAAUCUUAUAUUUCCAAUGAUUUUGUAGAUAGGUCUUCAUAUAAAUAUUCAAGUGAUAAAGAUAAUAUGGAUUACUCGAUAGUAAAAUCAGAUACUACAAAUAUAAAAAAUAACACUACCUUAAAAAGUAAUGAUCUCAGUACUAUAACUUUUAAUGCUAAUUCUACAAAUAAUGUUAGUAAAAUGCCAUUAAUCAUGCAAAAAGACUUCAUUCAUUAUAAUGAUAGUGAAAAUAAAUUUCCUAGAGAAAAUAAUGAAUCUGAAUCAAAACCUUUGAAAUCUGAUAUCACUACAGAUGAUUCUGCAGAUAAUGAUUGUUCAGUUAUAAAAUUAGAUUCUUCAGAUGAAAGUCAAUCAACAAUAGAGAUUUUGCCAGUUUCCCCAGACAUAAACCAAAUUGGGAUGGAAGAACAUAAUAAUAGACUUAAUAAUGAGGAAGGUGAACAAUUGUAUUCAGAAGAUGCUAUUCCUACUCAAUUUGAAUUAGAAUUAGAAGUUACAGAUAGCAAUAUCGAUUCUGUGGAAGUACCACCUCUAAGGCAUGAGUUAAAUUCUGAACAUUUUAAUGAUACACAACUUGGAACAUGGCAAUUAAACCAAAAAGUACAAGACUUGAAUGAUUUACAAAAUUAUCCUCAAAAUUAUACCAAUAAACAACCUAUUUUACUUGCGGAUAAUGGUCAACAAAGCUCUAAAGUUCCUGAAAAGAAUAAAAUAUCUACUAAACAAAAUAUUUCAUUAUCAAUAACAGCUCUUACGCAUGACGAUUCAGAGAAUCAUUCAACAGAAACGACAAUUACGUCUCGUGAAAAUCUUUGUUGUAAUGAUUUACUUAUGAAAGAAGUGUUGGCUGCCAAAGAAAUGCUGAAAAAAUGUUUAUCUAUGUCUAAAGAUGCUACUAUUCUGAAAAACAAAUCAAAAUUGAAAUCGCUUGUAGAAAAAAAUCAAGGUUCUUGUCUUACUUCCAGUGGUCAUACAAAAACUUUUCUUAAGACUGUUACUACUCAUCAUACAUAUGAAACAGAUAAAUUAAAUCUGCAAAAAUCGAUGAAUGAAGUAAAUAUGGAAAAAAUAGAAAAAAAGAAUAGUAAUGAAGUAGUAAACAAAGUUAUACAAAUUACCAAAUGUACAGAGAAAAAAGAUAUUAAACAUAUUGAUGUUAAUGUGCAAAAUACUCUAAUUUCUGCACAAAAUUCUCCUAUAAUAUCAUUAAAAAGUCUUAAACGAUACAGUCAAUCUGUGCCAAAUAAGAACAUGUCUACUAAUAUGGAACACUGUAAAACAUUGGGAGAUGAGAAUGAACGAUCAAUAUCUCAAGAUAAUCAUGUUGAUCAAGUAGAAAAUAAAGUUCAAGACAUCAAAAUUGAACAAAAUAUGACUUACCCUAAAAUUGAAAUGAUAUCUGAUAACGAAGAUGUACAAAUUGAAGAUAAUAAAAGUUGUAAUCAAUCCAAAAAACGAGAAGAUAAGAUGCCAGUAUUAGAACCAGAAAUCGCCUUUAGUUUCGAUGCAAGUUCAGAUAGAGAUAGUUCAAGAUCACCACCCGUUAUAACAAAUCAAGAGAUUGUAACUACUCAAAAUGAGAUAUUAAAAUGCUUGCAAGAAAGAGAAGAGUUAACAUCAAAUGAUAGCACAAAUGAUAAUAAAAAAUAUAUAGCAGAAGAAUAUGAUAUGACUGUAACUGAUAUUGUAACGCAAUUAGCUUAUCAUAAAAAGUCAAGAAUAAGGCAUAAAAGAUAUUGUAAUCUAUGUGAAAAAUGGUUUCCAACGACAUCUCGUCAUCGACGACAUUUAGCUGGGUAUCAGCAUCGUCAUUUAGAAUUGACACAGCGAAGAACGAUCCAUGCACUUUUCAUACUUUUUACUGGCAAACCUUGUUCAAAACUCUUACGAGCUACUAGUAUGCGAGAUGACUGUUCUAUAGGUGAACCAACACCUUUACAAAUUGCUGUCCAGGAUUUAGCCAAAUACUUGGAUGGUACAGAGACAAAUCUAUUAAUACCAAAUAACGUCGAAAAAUAACCAAAAGUAGUUGUUGAAUUAUGUAACAUCAUGUCAAAGGAGAUGGACAAAGAUUUCAUAUUUCAAGUAAACAAUAUAUGACAGUUCAAUGUGAUUUUAAACUACAUCAGCAUAAUGGAACCGAUUGGAAUUAGCUAAGUCAGCUAAUAUUUGUUACUUCGUUGACCGUAUGUUACCUGAAACAGUUACUUUAUGUAGUAAUUAACUAUUUAACCAAAGACUUUAUUAGAGUAAUAGUGCAACUAAAACUCCUAUUAUAUAAAGGUUUGAGACUUUUUGCACCAAAAUCUGCUAUAUGCUAAUGCAUAAAGCUGUUGUUUGAGCUUCACAAACAGCUAUAAACAAAAUGGCUGUUGUUUAUUCUUUAUAGUCACCACAUGAUUUUUACACAUAUGUAAUGCUGUUUAUAGAAGAGUGUGUUCACUAAAGCAUGAUUUUAAAGAAUGGACUUUUCAGUCUACUAUAUUGCAAUUUUUAAAGGUUACUAUGUGGCUAUUAGUUUAUAUAAACAUGGUUAUGAAUGAUUAUAUAUAUAUAUAUAUAUAUAUACACACACACAUACACACACACACAUAUAUAUAUAC